GUAAGCCACCGUCGACUUUACAAUUUGCUCUUUUCUUGCUCAGAUUUCUUCUCUCCGUUAGAAAAACUCCCCAAGUUUCAGUGAACCCUAGUUUUCCGAUGUCGAUCUUUGAGUACAAUGGAAGUGCCGUCGUGGCUAUGGUGGGGAAGAACUGUUUCGCUAUAGCAAGUGAUCGGAGGCUUGGUGUGCAGUUACAGACUAUCGCUACCGAUUUUCAGAGAAUCUUCAAGAUCCAUGAUCAUCUCUUCAUCGGCCUUUCUGGUCUCGCCACCGAUGUCCAGACACUGUACCAGCGACUCGUAUUUCGUCAUAAACUAUAUCAGCUUCGAGAAGAGAGAGACAUGAAGCCAGACACUUUCGCUAGUCUUGUAUCUGCUAUUCUCUAUGAGAAAAGAUUUGGUCCAUACUUGUGCCAACCUGUGAUUGCUGGAUUGGGAGAAGAUAACAAACCCUUCAUUUGCACAAUGGAUUCGAUUGGAGCCAAGGAAUUGGCUAAAGACUUUGUUGUCUCUGGAACUGCUUCAGAAUCACUAUAUGGUGCAUGUGAAGCCAUGUACAAACCAGAUAUGGAAGCUGAGGAAUUGUUUGAGACAAUUUCACAAGCACUUCUCUCUUCCGUUGACCGCGAUUGUCUGAGUGGAUGGGGAGGACAUGUCUACGUUGUAACACCAAAUGAGGUCAAGGAGAGGAUCCUCAAGGGAAGGAUGGAUUGAUCUACAAUCACAUAUCUGCUUUCAUCCGAGUUCGGUUUAAUCCGGAUAAGUAGAAAUUGAAUAUUGUUGGUUACUCACUUUUACAGAAAAUUAAGAAAAGCGCUUGUUGUUGUCUUGUUCAAAUACUCGACCGCUUGAUGUCCCUUUUGGUUCUGAUUUAAAAAUUUCGUACCAAAUAUUGUCUUUAGUUUCGUCGUUAACGAUGAUGAAUGAUGGAUGAUAUGUCACAUCGACGUGAAUGAUUUGCGUGUA